CUGGCGGAAGCAGGAAACAGGAAACUUUUCCUCUGCAUUCUCUGCCUUCUGGUAGCCAGCUCUGCGGGUGCAGGUCUCAGGGAGCCUGGAUUCAGAGGGAAUGGCCCCUGGGAGCAGCCGAAGCCCAGCCCAGGAGACAGUGACCUUUAAGGAUGUGGCUGUGGACUUCACCCAGGAGGAGUGGGGCCUCUUGGACCAUCCUCAGAAGGAGCUGUACAAGGAGGUGAUGCUGGAGAAUGCCCAGAACCUGCUAUCCCUUGGGCUUCAAGUUCCCAGAGAAGUCGUGAUCUCCUAUUUUGAGCAAAGGGAAGCACCAUGGCUGCUGGAGCAAGAAGGCCUGAGGAACCUCUGUCCAGGAGGGAUCAGAUUUCAAGUGAAGAAGACUCCUGCAGACCUAAACCUUUGUAUGGAAGAAACUCUGGAGCAAAGAGACAGGUAUACUCCUGUCCAACAUCAGAGAAUCCACACUGGAGAGAAACCUUAUGAAUGUAAUCGAUGUGGAAAGUCUUUUAGAGACAAGUAUACUCUUGUCCAACAUCAGAGAAUCCACACUGGAGAGAAACCUUAUGAAUGCAAUCAGUGUGGAAAGGCUUUCAGAGAUAGGUAUACUCUUGUCCAACAUCAGAGAAUCCACACUGGAGAGAAAACUUAUGAAUGUAAUCAAUGUGGAAAGGCUUUCACAUGGAGGAUUGGUCUUGCUGAACAUCAGAAAACCCACACUGGAGAGAAACCUUAUGUAUGUAAUCAAUGUGGAAAGGCUUUUAGAGACAGGUAUUCUCUUGCCCAACAUCAGAGAAUCCACACUGGAGAGAAACCUUAUGAAUGUAAUCAAUGUGGAAAGGCUUUCACAUGGAGGAUUGGUCUUGCUGAACAUCAGAAAACCCACACUGGAGAGAAACCUUAUGUAUGUAAUCAAUGUGGAAAGGCUUUUAGAGACAGGUCCACUCUUGCCCAACAUCAGAGAAUCCACACUGGAGAGAAACCCUAUGAAUGUAAUCAGUGUGGUAAAGCUUUUAUAAAGCAGGCCAACCUUAAAGUACAUCAGAGAAUCCACACUGGAGAGAAACCUUAUGAAUGUAAUCCUUGUGGAAAGGCUUUCAGACUCAGAUCCAGUCUAGUUCAACAUCAGAGAAUCCACACUGGAGAGAAACCUUAUGAAUGCAGUCAGUGUGGAAAGGUUUUCAGAGGCAACUCUCCUCUAAUUAAACAUCAGAGAAUCCACACUGGAGAGAAACCUUAUGAAUGUAAUCUGUGUGGAAAGGUUUUCAGAUUCAGCUCCAGUCUAGUUCAACAUCAGAGAAUUCACACUGGAGAGAAACCUUUUGAAUGUAAUCUGUGUGGAAAGGCUUUCAGAUCCAGCUACCAUCUUGUUGAACAUCAGAGAAUCCACACUGGAGAGAAACCUUAUGAAUGUAACCAGUGUGGAAAGGCUUUCAGAUGCAGCUCCCACUUUGUUGGACAUCAGAGAAUCCACACUGGAGAAAAACCUUAUGAAUGUAAUCUGUGUGGAAAGGCCUUCAGAGUCAGCUCAAGGCUUGUAGAACAUCAGAGAAUCCACACUGGAGAGAAACCUUAUGAAUGUAGUCACUGUGGAAAACCUUUUAGAACGAGCUCCAGUCUAGUUAAUCAUCAGAGAAUGCACACUGGAGAUAAUACAAUCCAUGUGGCAAAGCCACAAAUAUGAAAUUAAAACAAGUAGAAGUGUUGUACCAGAAGCGAGUGAGACACGCCACAGAGUAUAAGUUUUAAAUGGAGAAUUUAGUAGCCGCCAGCCAUCGGGGCUGCUACCCAAAUAAAUGGCCCCGUUUUGAGGUGAAGGUGUGGGUUAUGUAGGACAUG